CGCACGCGCCGCCCGGGCCGGAGCUCAGCGCGCCGCUUCGCUGCGCCGUACCCCGCCGGCGGCGCAGAACAAUAGGAGCCGCCGCCGCCCGCCGGCCCCGCACCGGGCCCGGAACGGGGCCCUGAGCUCCGCGGGACUCUUCAUGCCCGGCCGCCGCUCCUCCCCGCGCACACGCACCGCGGGCUCGGUUCGGUCCAGGAAAAGGACUGCCACUGUUGAGUCUGUGGGAGUAUGAAUCAGCAGCAGCAGAGAAUGGCUGCAGUUGGGACAGACAAAGAGCUCAGUGACCUGCUGGACUUCAGUAUGAUGUUUCCCCUGCCAGUGGCUAAUGGAAAAAACAGACCCACGACCCUAGCAAGCACUCAGUUUGGAGGAUCAGGUUUGGAUGAAAGACCGGGAUCAGGUUCCUGGGGAACGGGAGAUCAAAACAGCUCCACGUUUGACCAAGGAAGGCAGAGCUAUGGUGAAGGCCCCCACUAUGGUGAGCACCGGGACCUGCCGUCGCACAACAGCUUGUCUUCAUCUCCAUUCCUGGGACCUGGACUAGUGGGGAAGAGCGGUGAAAGAGCCUCGUACUCCACUUUUGGAAGAGACGCCGCCGGGAUGCCAGGACUGAGCCAGACUGGUUUCCUGCCCAGCGAAAUGGGAAUCGCCAGUCCGAGCACGCUUUCCCCCACUGGAGUGAAGGGGGGGUCUCAGUAUUUUUCUUACCCCAACAAUCCUCGCAGGAGAGGUGCUGAGAGCAGCAUAGCAGAUGGACAGCCCAAAAAGGUUCGGAAGGUGCCUCCUGGACUCCCCUCCUCGGUGUAUCCAUCCAACUCAGGUGAUGACUACAGCAGGGAUCCGGCUGGAUACACUCCCUCAAAACCUCCCAGCACUGUAUACCCCGGAGCCUUCUAUAUGGCAGACGGGCUUCACAACUCGCCAGACCUGUGGAGCUCCCCUGGUGCCAUGAGCCAGUCCAGCUACGGGGCCAUGCUGGGCAGUUCCUCCUCCCCUCUCCCGCAGUCCGCCAGCUUCAACAGUUUACAUCAGCACGAACGCAUGAACUACCAGCUGCAUUCAGGAGAGGUGAAUGGCGGGCUGCCCUCCGUGUCAGGCUUCUCCUCUGCCUCCACCCCAUAUGGCGUCUCCAGCCACACGCCGCCGAUCAGUGGGACCGACACCAUGAUGGGUAACAGAGGAACCACGGCUGGGAGCUCGGGAGACGCUCUUGGGAAGGCACUAGCUUCAGUAAGAGCUGCUGCACAUCCCCGACUGUUCCCUGCCCCUGCAGACCUCCCUCUGCACCGAGGACCAUCUAGGCAGUGGGAAGAUGGACGCAUUUAUUCCCCAGAUCACUCUAGCAAUAACUUCUCAUCAAACCCCUCCACACCGGUCGGCUCCCCGCAGGGCCUUGCAGGCACAUCCCAGUGGUCUCGAGCGGGCGGACAGGGUGCCUUAUCUCCCAGCUACGAAGGGAGCCUCCACACUUUACAAAAUAAAAUGGAAGACAGGUUGGACGAAGCCAUCCACGUGCUGAGGAAUCACGCCGUGGGCCAGACGGCCGCCAUGCCAAGCAACCACGGGGACAUGCAUGGGCUGCUGGGCUCUGCUCCCGCACACAGUGCUGCUGUGGGCAGCCUGGGCCAGGCCUUCCCUGCCUCUGUCAUGUCCCUGGGGGGUCGACACCCCAGCCUGGUGGGAGGAGGUCACCCUGAAGACGGGCUGUCCAGCACCCCCAGCAUGCUCCACAACCAUGUCACACUUCCAUCACAGCCCAGCUCACUCCCUGACCUCAACAGGCAGCAGGACACGUACAGUGGCUUGUCAGGGGGGCUGGGGCGAAGCAGCGUCUCCUCAGGAACCAACGAGAUAAAGAGGGAAGAGAAGGAGGAUGAGGAGAACACAUCAGUGGCAGAUAACUCUGAAGAGGAGAAGAAGGAGCUGAAACCCUCCCGGAAUAGAACAAGGUGCUCUUUGAACAGUCAAGAUGAGGAUGAGGAGGACGAUCUUCUUCCCCCAGAGCAAAAAGCCGAGAGAGAAAGAGAAAGGAGGGUCGCCAAUAAUGCCCGUGAGCGCCUGCGGGUCCGGGACAUCAACGAGGCCUUUAAAGAGCUCGGACGCAUGUGCCAACUCCACCUAAACAGCGAAAAACCACAGACCAAACUGCUAAUCCUCCACCAGGCCGUAUCAGUCAUACUGAACCUGGAGCAACAAGUUAGAGAGCGCAAUCUGAACCCCAAAGCUGCCUGCUUGAAACGUCGGGAAGAGGAGAAAGUAUCCGGAGUGGUGGGAGACCCGCAGAUGACACUUUCAGCUUCGCAUCCUGGUCUCGGAGACGCUCACAACCCCGUUGGACACAUGUAAAGAUCCUUUUGUUCCUCUGGACGCGGAGAUCCACAGGAUGCCAAUCCUGGCUGCGAUCUGCGACCUUCCCGACCCAUAAACUUUAGUCCUGCUCAUACUGACACACGUGGACGGAUCCUGGCGUGACGUAAGGGGUGGAAAAACACUUUGAAACGCAAACAAACAAACAAACAAAAUUGCCUUAAGUAUAAAGCGCGGAACAGUCGAUACAUAUCACUCAGUUAGGAGGGGGUGGCGUGUUCUCUUGGCUUGUUCACAAGCAGCCAGCAGCAAAAUUGUGCCUAAGCUUCGUAUUUCUCUCUCCUUUUUUUUUCUUUCUUUCUUUUUUUUUUUUAAACAAACGAAAAAAAAAAAGAAGAAAAAAAAAAAGAAAAAAGACCAUUAGUGACGAGAUUUUUUUACGUAGAACAAAUUAGCGACGCCUUUUGGGCUCUGUGUUUUUUUUUUUGUUGUUCUGUUUUUUAGCUUCUUUUGCCUAUGUUUUGUAAGCGACGAAAAAGGAAUUUUUUUGGGAUUUUUUUUUUUGUUUGUUUGUUUUAUUUGUUGUUUCGUUUUGGGGUUUUUUGUUUUUUGUGGGUUUUUUUUGUAUAAAAAAAUGUCUUGUACCCCCACGCUUUUCUGCUGCUGUUUCUAUAGUUAACGUUGCAUCUUUAGGAUCAACCAGAAUAUUAAAAUUGUAUUAAGAGAGACUGGAUAUAAAGAGAGGAAUUCUCACAUUCGGCUCUGAAAGCCACUAAAAGCGAAUGUAGCCACAGCAAGGAGGUGUUGGUCCUUGCCCGGCUUGUACCUUCCAUGACAAAACAAACUCGUGCUGAAUUCUCCAUCUCUUUGCUUCGGCCACUUCUGAUUUGGGAGAAGGAAAUCAACCAGCGGCCUGCAGCAGCUCCUCCCAGGAGGAAAAAUUCCCCAUUUGCGGGGCUGCGCCGGCUCCCCUUCGUUCCUGUUGGGUGCAGGGGCGCCGUGAUGGGAGGACAGGAGCACGGGGUGUGGAAGGGAACAGAGGAUGGCUGCGUUCCCAAGGUAAGCAGAGCUGCUGCAGAUGAAAGCUGCCCACGCCUGCAAGUGGCCGCCUGGAGCCCGAGGCUCUUCCAGAGGCAGCGCUGAACAAAGAUGACCGAACAAAGCUGGAGGCAUUGGGAAGAUGCGGUGGCGGAUGAAGCAGCAGCAUUGAGGACGCAGUGCCUGGUGCCGUGGGAGCGGAUGGACGCACAGACACGGGCAGCUCAGCCCCCGGCCGUGGCUGCGGUGGGAUCCCAGCCCAGAGUCGCAACCGUCGGGAAGCGGCAGCGCUGCAGGAAGAGGGGCGGCUCUGCGUCCCGCCGCUGCAUCCUGGAGGUCACACUGUGCCCAUCCUGCCGUGGGGCAGCCAAUAUCAUCUGCAUAGGCAGGAAAGGAAGGCAGCAGUGGGCACCCACCCCACACAGCGCUCCGGCAGCCAAGCUGUGCUGCGCUCCCUUCGCUCUGAGCCGCACCGGGUCACCCCAGAUGUGCCCAGCAGGAGGAGAGCCCAAAGCAAGGAGGCUGCAGGAGGUGCUGAGCCCUUCUGAAGUUGGCAGUGGAAGAUCAUCCGCCGAGAUUCUGGGUUGUUGUUUUUUUUUGUUUCUUCCCUUUCCUUCGCCAAAAUCACUUCCAAAAUGUUUUCUGCCUGCUUCUUUCCAGCUCUGUGGGCUGAUGGUGUCAGUGCUCCAGGACGAUGCCAUCCCCCAUUCCAGCAGCAUCUGCAGUGCCCUGGAAGUGGGUCAGCUGCCUCCGUGGGGCAGGACAGGCCAUGCGGACAGCAAGCAGGGUCUGUCUGUGUCCUUUGUUUUUGGGCCCCGUGUUCCUGGGAGAGCUGUAUUGCUUCAGUACAGGGAGAGGGAAGGGCUAGCAAGCAGCACUGGGUCCUGUGGCAUUUCCUUGGUGUAACCUUGUGCUUUGUAGCUCCGCUUCGUGCUCUGGCAAAGGGUGCUGGAAGCACUUGGGAUGUUGCUCAUCUCCCCAUGGCAGUAGCUCAGAAUGGGGCUGGGUGCUGGAGCAGGAUGGGAUCAUCUCUCCCUGCUGGGACUCUGCAAGGUGUAGGAGGCCAUGUUGGAUGCUUCUGGCUUUCCCUGCUCCCAGCAUCACGUCUGUGGAGUGAGACCUGAGAGCAGGGCAGCCUCCUGCACCGCGCCGGGAGCUCGCUGGCUUACAGCACUCCUGCUCUGGGUUCUGCCUGUGGGACAGCCCUGCAGCAGAGCUGGGUCCCCCCCCAGAGCACCCUGCAGAAUCCCAGCCCUGCGAGCCCAAAACCAUGCAGAAAGCUUUAGAAGUGCUUCCCUGACACGUUGAUUUAGCAACAAGAAUUUGAGAAGGUGGUCGCGUACAGAUGGAUUUAAAGAAAAUCUCCGAUUUUAAAAGGAAAAAAAAAAUCUUAUAAAAAUCCAUAAGCUGUCAGCAAAAUUGAAGAUUUCUUGUUAGCAAAAACUAGCCAGCUUCUUGGCAGGGCACAGACAAAGAGCCCUCGAGCACAAACCGCGCUGUGCCAGAGCUUGGGGAGGUUUUGGUGCCUCUGUUCUGCGCAGGGCAGCACGGUGGGGACGUGGCAUUGCUGUGCCUCUGCUCGUGUCUCACCCUGCAGCGCUGAGCUGCAGGGCAGGAGCUGGGUCACAGCCUGUGCACCUCGGGGCUGGGAGCAGCAGAGGCUCUGCUGGAGUCGGGGCAGUGCAGGAUUGUGCUUUGCCGUCCCCAUCGCUCGGGGGAUGGGAUCUGUCUGCUUGGCAUUGGGAGUUUUUGUCCCCUCUGGAUGAGAGAUGCAGAAUUGCAAUGUGGGACCUUCCCAGCUGUCAUUUGGGCGAGCAGCCGGCGCGGUGAGACGGUUUCUUUGAGGUUAUGCUUGAGCAGGAAGGGCAGAAGCAGGCUGGGAUUUCCCCAGGAGUCUGCAAUUUCAGGUUCAGUGCAGCAGCCUCUCUCAAAGGCGCUUUGUGUCUGAGGCAUCUGAAGCCAGCAGAGCCCUCAACCCCCUCAGCUGAGGCCUUUGAGAGCCAGGAGGCUUCUGAAUGCCCGUUCCCAUUCCCUCUGUCCCUGAGUUUUGCCUUUAUGGAGUGAUGUCUCAGUGGAGCCUGCAGCCCUGCUGCGUGCUGUGCCAGCCCCUGGCCUGGGGCUUUAGAAUAGAGCUGGGGAUGGGGAGGAGAAGCAGCACUGGGCUGGGACAAGCAGAGAGCCCACACACAGCAUGGCCAACCCACAGCGAGCCACGGCCGCUGGAUUCCCCAUUCCUGCUUAACACCAGCACUAGCAAGACCUGAUCGCUGUACACAGGCUUGCACGAGGUCUUUGCCCUGUUAAAUCCUAUGCAACCCCCUCUCCUCUCCCUCAGGGCCCUGCAGGUCCCAGCCCAGCCCCUUCUCUCUGCUCUGUGCCCGCCGAGCCCCGGUGCUCUCAGGGUGCAGCUUCAUUUCCAGCAGCUCCAAAAGCAUUUCCAGACCUGCACCCCGAGACCGCGGGUCGGAUGAGCGGCGAGAAGCAGGAGCAGCUCCCAGCACCGACCUGGGGGGGACCCAGCUGUCCUGGGGCUCUUCAUGCACGCUUCCCCCUCCUGUGCCUUCUGCACGCUGCUCCGCCAGCAUCCUCCACCCUGCAGUGGUUGGGAAUGGAGCUCUUGGGCUGCUCUUCCUUUGGGCAGCAGCAGGGGCUCCACGCCAGUAUUUCUGUCCCUGGGUCCCGUGCCAUCAGCCCCGCUCCAGCUCGGCACCCAUUGCAGUGGAAGGAGGGCAGAGAAAAGCCCUCUCAGCCCCUUACACCCGCAGCUGCAGCGGGGAAGCAGCGGGGCUUUAUGCCCCAAACCCAGGCUGUGCUGAGGGUGCAGCAAAGCAUCCCCACAGCCGUGCUGCCUCCCCACAGCCCCAAAUCACCCGAAAGCCACCAGCGUCCAAGCAAACAGCAGCAGGGGGACGUGGGGAGGCUCCCCACCAGCAGCUUUCGGUUGUGGGGUGAGAGGGGCACCAAGCUGGGGGGGGGGGGGGGAAGUGAUUCGUUUUGCAAGGGGCUGGUUGGCAAAACGAAGCAUCCCAUGGUUGCUCUUUCUAUAUAUUUUUGUAGGACAGGGCGGGAUGGGAGAGCAGAUGGGAGAUGGCUGCAGAAGUUAUUUUUCACCCCAUAUAAAGUUUUAGGUUGGUUUCGGGGUGGGUUUUUUUUUUUUUUGGCCUUUAAAUAAGAAAAAAAAGAAAGAAUAAUAAUGAAAUGGUCCUUGCUUUUGAUGUCUAUGCUGCCUACCUGUAAAUCCAGAUGUACUUAAGUGGCUGAAAUCCUUGUUCUUAAAUCAGAUACACAUUAUAGUUUUGAACUAUAUAUAUAGUAAAUAUAUAUAUAUAUAUGCCUAACCCAGCAAAAAUUAAAAAAAAAAAUAAGAAAAUAAAGUAUUUGGGGGUGGGGAAAUGCAUUGCUCUUUGAAAUGAAUCACAAUUGGGGGAUGAAAUUGUGUUUCUGAGUGCCUCGAGAUAAGAAUUGUUUUCAUUUUUUUAAAUAAUUUUAUACAAGUGUCAAAACAGCUGGCUGGAUUAUUUGGAAUUUUUAAAUAAUCCUAACUUUUUUAAAGUAGAUUUUGAGAACUGUCCUGUAUAUAACAGUAAUGUAGCAAUAAAUGUGACAUUUUAUAACAAUA